AUGAGUCCCUCCGUGGAAUUGCCUCCGCCGGACCCGUCGGAGAAGUCUGAUCUAGCUCCCGUGAGGAUGACGUGGGACACCUGGUUGACAGCUGGACUGCUGAAUCACUACCCAGGCCAAGACGUUCGCCGUGUGGAGUGGCUGUCGAAGCGGCGUCCAUUCAUUGCUGAGGGUAGGGAGCUUAGGUGGAUUAAGAAUGACAAAGAGAGAGUGAGGAUGGGAUGCAUGGAUGAUGAGUGUCCGUGGCUGGUUCAUUUAUCAUACAACAAGUCUCUGCAAUACUACCUGGUUAAGACUUACAAAAAUGACCAUACAUGUGCAAGGGACAUGGGAAGUAAUGCGGCUUGUCAACAUUGGAUUAGCUUAAAGGUUGAGAAGAGAAUGAAUACACAGCCUCAUAUGAGGACAAAUGAGGCUAUUGACUUUCUCAGAGAAGAAUUCUCACUCACUGCACAUCCAAAAAUGGUUUACAGAGCAGUUAGAAAGGCAAGAGAGAGAAUCAUGGGUAAUGAGAGGGAGCAAUAUAGUAAUGGGUUCAAAAGUGGGUGUAGGCCAUUGAUACAUCUUGAUGGCUAUUUUCUGAAGACUUAUUAUGGUGGACAACUCCUCAUAGCAGUGGCCCAGGAUGCCAAUAACCAAUUUUACGUGGUUGCCUAUGGAGUAGCUAAGUCUGAAACUAAGGAAUCCUGGAAGUGGUUCUUGACUCUACUCGAAGAGGAUUUGGGGGAUGUGCAGACUCAUGGUUGGAACUUUAUGUCCGACCAACAAAAGGGACUGCUACCUGCUUUGAAGGCAGUUAUGCCAAAUGCCCAUCACCAGAACUGUGUGAUGCACAUUUGA